AGGGGGACUUUUUAACGUCCAAUUUUUAUAAUGGUUUGCAAUCGAUAUUAGCAGAGCUUGCAUCAUUGCACCAUGGUCUGUGAAAACAAAGGAGUUUCUAUGAUGAUUACCAUGACCAUCUUAUGGAGUGUGUUGUUGUGAUGCGUCCCGUAUUUAUAUAUUUGUGCUGUUUAAUUUAACACAAAUGAAAGUUAAUCAGGGCUGAAGUGUAGUUCUCUCGUUAAACAUUAGAAGAGUCCAGUAGAGCAAAUAGUUUGUUUGUCGUGCAUUUGCCAACAAUCUUCAGGUUGUUAAAACUUUAUCCACUGCCUAUGCAGCAGCUCUUCCUUUUCACGCAAAUGUGUUCAUUUCAGAGUGAAUUUGAUGAUUUUUUGAAGGCCGCAGGCUCCAAACUCGUCGUCGUUGACUUUUCGGCAAAAUGGUGCGGACCUUGCAAAGCAACCGAUCCUGUCAUUCGUGACCUGGCUGUUCGGUAUGACAAUGUGAUGUUCUGUAGUGUGGAUAUCGAUCUGGCAGAGGACGUGGCUAAUUCUUGUAAAAUUAUCGCCAUGCCGACAUUCCAGAUGUACAAGAAAACGGAAAAGAUUUGCGAAAUUACUGGUACUGACACCGGGAAGUUGGAAGCAAAGAUUGAAGAACUAAUGUAGUUCCUGCAGAAAACAAAAGCAUAAGUUCCAUUAAAAUCCACCUUCCGC